CGAUGCGCUAGAAGCACUUUGCUGCUUCUCGUGCUCGUUUAUUGUUAGUUAGCUUAGCUCGCUAGUUAGCUUAGCUUGUUAGCUGCUAACAGAAGUUAUCAACACAUCGCUAAGUAGAGAUCAAGUGUGAGAGUAAAGUGUUGUGAUUGUGUGAAAAUGUCUACAUUACACAUGUUGAGAGCGUUGGUGGAUCAGCGACUAACUGCUGCCGUUGAAGAAAUAUUUGUAGUGUUAGAAAGAACGAUAGCAGAAUACGAGGCGGAACUUUCUAGAACAAAGGAGGAGAACAAUCGACUACUGGACGCUGUUUUCAAGAAACAUCAAGUUGUGUUACACAGAACAGACGUCCAGCAGCCCCCUCACAUUAAAUAUGAUGAGGAGGAUCCACAGCCCCCUCACAUGAAAGAGGAAGAUGAGGAAGUGUGGAUCAGUCAGGAGGGAGAGUGUGUUGUAGGGCAGGAGGAGGAUGAUGUCAGCAAGUUUCCACUGACUGUUGUCUCUGUGAAGACUGAGGAGCAUGAAGACAAAGCACCUGAGUCCUCACAUCUUCAUCACAGUCCAAACGUCCAGCGGGUGUCAGCGGGGAGUCAUGAAGAGGAGUGGCACACCAGUGUGGGACAGAAGGAGCUACAGGCCCCCUCCCACAUUAAAGAGGAGCAGCUUCAUGAUGAAGAUGAAGCUCAGUCCUUACAGCUUCAUCACAGUCAAAGUGAGGAGAACAGAGGGGCGGAGCUUGUAAGUCAACACAUCACAGAAGCUGAUGGAGAGCAUUGUGAAGAUAUCAAGUCAGAACCAGACAGCAUCUUUGCUCCACUGUCAGACAUGGACCACAUGAUAUCAGACUCUUCUGAUCACAGUGACCACAUCCAAAAACCUCUGGAGAGUAAAAAUGACUCUAAAGGUGAUACGAGACAUCACACUAACAACAAACACUUUGACUGCUCUGAAUGUGGGAAAUCAUUUAGACAGAAGAGUGAUUGUACAAGACACAUGAGAAUACAUACUGGAGAGAAACCUUUUACUUGCUCUGUUUGUAAGAAGAUUUUUUCUAGAAAGCCACACAUGACCAGACACAUGAGAACACACACUGGGGAGAAACCUUUUACUUGCUCUGUUUGUAAGAAGAGUUUCUCCACAAAGCCACACAUGACCAGACACAUGAGGACACACACUGGGGAGAAACCUUUUACUUGCUCUGUUUGUAAGAAGAGUUUCUCCACAAAGCUUACCAUGAUAUUACACAUGAGAACACACACUGGAGAGAAACCUUUUACUUGCUCUAUUUGUAAGAGGAGUUUCUCCACAAAGCAAACCAUGACCACACACAUGACAAUACACACUGGAGAGAAACCGUUUAGUUGCACUGUGUGUGAUAAGAUGUUCAGGUUUAAGAAGCAGGUGAGUAAACACAAGUGUGUAACAGUCAUGGAAGCUGCAGGGAUGUAAAAACACUUAAACAGUGAUUGUGCUAAAUGUAGUUUAAAAACACAGCAUGUUUAAUAUGAAUGUAUAUUUGAUGUUGUAUGUAGUGCUUCUCAUCUUCUAGUCUUAUAUGUUGUCCUGUACUUACUUUUUAAGUUGUGUGCAUGUAUUGAAUAUUAAAUAUGUAGCUACUAUUUUUUUUGUGUCAUUGUUAAAGAGAGGACAUCUUAUU